AAAAGACCAAAAUCCAGUUACGUAGUGGAAGACUGAGCUACCAUUGCCACCGCUCUUAAUCACCAGUUAUUAGUUAUCACCAAUCUCUUUUCAGAUGUCGCUGUCAAUGGAGCUCGCGUUCUCCCCUUCAUCUUCUUUUAGAAUUUCAGCUAUAACUUCUCAGCGCCAAUCAAAGAUAACCAUUAAGCCUACCAGCAAAUCACUAUCUGAUUCCUUUUCAAAAUGUUCUCAAAUUUUGACUUCUUCUCGACUUUACACUUACAAAAACCACCUAAACUUUCCACAAAACAGAAGUUCUAGGCCAAACUCUAUAUGGGCCUGCAGCAAAGUUGGAGCUGCUGGAUCUGAUCCAAUACUAAAGAAAAUCUCAGAUUUCAAAGAUGCAUGUUGGAGAUUUCUGAGGCCCCAUACGAUACGCGGAACAGCUCUAGGGUCCACUGCUUUGGUGGCAAGAGCAUUACUAGAGAAUCCAAAUCUGAUAAAGUGGUCGCUGCUGUUGAAGGCAUUCUCUGGCCUUUUUGCCCUAAUAUGUGGGAAUGGUUAUAUAGUUGGCAUCAAUCAGAUCUAUGAUAUUGGAAUUGACAAGGUUAAUAAACCUUAUUUACCUAUAGCUGCUGGAGAUCUUUCUGUUCAAUCUGCCUGGUUGCUGGUGAUUUUUUUUGCAGUGACUGGAAUCCUGAUGGUGGGAUUAAACUUUGGUCCAUUCAUCACUGCUCUUUAUUGCCUUGGUCUUUUCUUAGGCACCAUCUACUCUGUUCCUCCAUUUAGAAUGAAGAGAUUUGCUGUUGUGGCAUUUCUCAUAAUUGCUACGGUGCGCGGUUUUCUUCUCAAUUUUGGAGUAUAUCAUGCCACAAGAGCUGCUCUGGGACUUCCGUUUGAGUGGAGCUCACCUGUGGCAUUCAUCACAACCUUCGUAACUUUGUUUGCGCUGGUUAUUGCCAUUACGAAAGAUCUUCCAGAUGUAGAGGGAGAUCGCAAGUACAAGAUAUCAACUUUGGCGACAAAUCUUGGCGUUAGAAACAUUGCAUUUCUUGGUACUGGGCUCUUGCUGUUGAAUUACAUUGGUGCAGUGUGUGCAGCAAUUUACAUGCCUCAGGCAUUCAGGCGAAACCUAAUGAUACCUGCACAUACAAUCCUAGCAGCAUGCCUAAUAUUCCAGACAUCAGCAGUCAGAUUGGUUGGCCAUGAUCCAACAUAUGAAACAAUAAGAAUGCUGAGUUUCUGCUACUGUCAUUUUCUAUAUAAGCAUGGGUGUUGGAACGAGCAAAUUACACAAAGGAAGCAAUCGCUGCAUUCUAUCGGUUUAUAUGGAAUCUCUUUUAUGCGGAAUAUAUCAUAUUUCCUUUUGUAUAGACAACUUCUUCUUCUUCUUCUUCCUUUUUUUCCCAGAGCAGAGAGAGAGAAAUUGAUGUAUAUUGUUGCCCUGAUUGCAAAUUAAUAUUUGUUGUUGUAGCUUCUUUUUUUUUGUCAGAGUUGUUGUAGCAUUCAAUAAGCAAUACACACAAUGUUGUGUUAGUUCUCUUUCUUGAUAGCUAAAUGAAACAUGAAAUUUAUUCUC